AUGUUGGGAUUUGGCUCAAAGCCCAUAGGCCUGGGAAGACUACUAGGACAUCAUUACAUUUGUCUCCUCUGCGGACACUCUCUAGAUGCACAAGUCAGUCAUGCACUUCAUAAGAACACUAUUCGUGAAUCAAGAAUUUAUAAUGUCAUACAAGAAUGGAUUAUUCCUUGUAAUAUUCAAGCGACAAGUCAUAUAUGUCACAAAUGUUGGAUGGCUGCCAACAGAGCUUCUGUCCAAAUGACCUCAGGCCCGUCAACAUCAUUGGGACAAGACAAUCCUCAAAUAGUUGAAUCACAUUAA